AUGACGCAAUCCCACCCCACACCCGAUUACGAUAUCCUCAUCGUCGGCGCCGGGUUCUCCGGGAUCUUCCUCUUGCACCAGCUUCGCAAGUUAGGAUAUAAAUGCAAGAUCUAUGAGACCGCGCCAGACCUUGGUGGAGUAUGGUACUGGAACACCUACCCCGGUGCCCGCGUCGAUACAGAGAGCUUUAUCUACCAGCUGUCUAUCCCGGAAGCAUGGCAGGACUGGGACUGGAAGGAAAGGUUUCCCGGCCGGGAGGAGUUGCAGGCAUAUUUCCAACAUCUUGAUAAAGUGCUCACUAUCAAGAAAGAUGUCGAGUUCGAAACAAGAGUGGUUGGAGCACAGUUUGAUCGGAGCACCGCCCAGUGGAAGGUACAGACUGAGAAUUCGAAAACCGUCACUGCGCGGUUCUUUUUACCUUGCGUGGGGACGUCGACGAAGCCCUAUGUACCUGAUUUCCCUGGUCUGGAUACUUUCCGGGGGGACGUUUAUCAUUCCUCGGCCUGGCCGCGGGAGGGCGUGUAUGUGAAAGGGAAGAAAGUCGCUGUCAUUGGAACUGGCUCCAGCGGCGUUCAGCUCAUCCAGGAAUGGGCCAAGGAAGCAGACACCCUGACUGUUUUCCAACGAACGCCAAAUCUGGCUCUUCCCAUGGGCCAGGAAACUUAUACGGCGGAGCAGCAGGCAGGGAUCCGUUCCCGCUACCCACAGGUCUUCGAAGACAGAACGAAAACAUUUAGUGGAAACCUGGAGGAUUUCCUACCGACGAAAUUAUUCGAUGCUUCACCUGCGGAGCGGGAGGUGUUGUUCGAAACGAACUGGAAGAAGGGUGGCUUUUCGUUUAUUCUAGACAACUACUCGGAUAUACUGCUUGAUGAGAAGGCGAAUCGUGAAUUAUAUAAUUUCUGGGCGAAGAAGACACGCGAGAGGAUUGUUGAUCUUAGGAAAAAGGAUCUUCUAGCUCCGUUGGAGCCGUUUCAUCCGUUUGCGACAAAGCGUUCAUCGCUAGAGCAGGACUAUUUUGAGCAGUUCAAUCGAUCGAACGUGGAUAUUGUCAAUCUCCGUGCAGUCGAGAUCGCUGAGGUUAAACCUACCGGUAUCGCUACCAGCGAUGGGAACCAUUACCCUGUCGAUGCUAUUGCCGUCGCUACCGGUUUUGACGCCGUCACUGGUCCCAUCACGAAUAUGGGCCUUCUAAGCACGGACGGUAAGCCACUGGCUGAGGAGUGGAAGGAUGGAGUCCACACGUACUUGGGCAUGGCGAGCCAUGGUUAUCCGAAUAUGUUCUGGAUUUACGGGGUACACGGACCCACAGCACUGAGCAAUGGCCCGGUGUCCAUUGAGCUCCAAGGCCAGUGGGUCAUUGAUGCAAUUCAGAAGAUCGACAGGAGCGGAUUAUCAUACGUUGAGCCCACCGCCGAAGCGGAGCAGAAGUGGAAAGCGUUGGUGAAUCAGAUUACGGAUAUGACCUUGGUGCCAAAGGCGGACUCGUGUACAUGGGAGCCAAUAUACCCGGCAAGAAGCGAGAGCAUUUGA